CUUAUUCAUUGUACAAUAACGUCAUCGUCAUCGUCGUCUUCGUCUUCGUUGUCUGUCCCAAACCUUCCAUAAUCUAUACACAGUUUUUUUGUCAUACAGAGCUCCAAAACUGUAAUAUUCCUUCUCUAUCCUCUCAAUUACUCUCCGAAUUGUUUCAAUUUUUUCGGUUUCAAAUCUUUUUUAUUUGUCUUGGGGGGGGGGAGUCUCAACGUUUUUGUAUGUUUUGGGGGAAUUUUACAUGGCUUGAAAUAGGUUUCAAAUUUUCACAGGGUUAGGGUUUCAACCCAGCUGCCAAAAGAAAAAAUUCUUAAUCUUUGAUAUCGGAAAAUGGCUUCGGAAAGGUCACCGAAUCGAUCCUCCGAUGAUAUCGUGGAUACGACGCCGUUGCUUGGAAGUCCAGCCGGGUCAUCCGACGGAAGCAAUUCGGGUCGUCGAAGCAUCCAGAGGAGCAGCUUGCGUCAAGCUGCGCGCUUUUUCCGACAAGCUAGCAGCCGCCGCAUGAUGCGUGAGCCGUCGAUGGUGGUCCGCGAGGCGGCGGCUGAGCAAUUGGAAUCGAGGCAGAGCGAUUGGGCGUAUUCGAAGCCGGUCGUGAUUUUGGAUAUCAUUUGGAAUUUCGCUUUCGUGGUCGUCGCGGCUACGGUGAUGGUUCUUAGCUAUUACGAGUCGCCGAAUACGCCUCUGAGGCUGUGGAUUGUGGGGUAUGCUUUGCAGUGUGUUCUCCACGUGGUUUGUGUUUGCUUUGAGUAUAAGAGGAGGCAGAGACGGCAACAGGGGUUUAAUUUGGAGGACGAAGGGAUUGGGAGUAGUGGGAAUUUGAGCUCAGGUGGGAGAGAUGACUCAGGGCAGUAUGCGCGACUUGGACAAGUUGACGAAGAGAAUACCAGCGUGGCAAAGCAUCUCGAAUCUGCAAAUACAAUGUUUUCAUUUAUCUGGUGGAUCAUUGGGUUCUACUGGGUAUCUUCGGGUGGCCAAGCUUUAGCACAUGAGUCCCCUCAACUUUACUGGCUUUGCAUAAUUUUCCUUGGUUUUGAUGUGUUCUUUGUCGUUUUUUGUGUUGCGCUGGCAUGUGUCAUUGGGAUUGCUGUUUGCUGCUGUCUUCCAUGUAUUAUUGCACUUCUAUAUGCCGUGGCAGACCAGGAAGGAGCAUCUAAAGAAGAAAUUGAAAAGUUGUCAAAAUUCAAUUUCAGAAAAGUGGGGAAUAAUGAGAAACGCAUCGACGAGACACAAGGGCCCCUUGGAGGAAUAAUGACUGAAUGUGGGACAGACUCACCCAUUGAAAAUGUCCUCCCACAGGAGGAUGCGGAGUGUUGCAUCUGCCUUUCUGCCUACGACGACGGAGUAGAGCUUCGACAACUUCCUUGUGGUCACCAUUUUCACUGUUGCUGCGUAGACAAGUGGCUCUGUAUCAAUGCAACGUGUCCUCUAUGCAAGUACAAUAUUUUGAAGAGUAGCGGCCGAGGCGAUGACUUAGCGUAAAAAGACUGUCCAUGUAAUCUGGCAGAGGGCUGUGUACUUAUUUCUCUCAAGUGUAAUUUAAUACGAAGCUUGAAACAACUCAAUUCAGAUCUAUUAUAUUUGAUGUUGCUGUUUGUUUUGUUCCUGUUACAGCCAACCAUUUUAGGUUAUACAGGUUGUUGUUGUAGUUGUGCUAGUGUGACAACCAUAGUGGUGCCUUCUAUUUGUUUCUGCCCUGGCAACUUGAAGUUCAUGUAUAUAUGGUUUUCCGUUUUCCAAGGUAAUACUGUCAAUGAUUAUGUCAAAGGGCAGUUGUUUACUUCUCUCUGUAUUCAUCCACAUUAACAACCUUAUAUUUUCCAAUACUACUGGCCGCCUUAUGUUUUUUUCC